AUGGAUAAAGAUCAACCGAAGAAGAUUGUCACCGCAGAGGAAUACCAAGAAGCGCGGAAGCACCUCCUCAACCAAGAAAAAGCAUCAACCCACCUUCUCCAAAAGCUCGCCGAAACCCGACGCAACCUGCCCAUGGUCCGAAUCACCAAUCCCUCCAGAUUUAAAUUCGAUACACCCAGCGGCGAAAAGACACUCCUCGACCUCUUCGAAAACCGCAAGCAACUGAUCAUCUACCACUUCAUGCUUGCCCCGCACGAGAAAGCCGGUCGGGAUACAUCCUUUGCGGCCGUGGCGACUGCGCCUAUCAAUGAAAUCACUGCGUUUGGCGAGCGGAUGGGGUGGGAUUUUCCGUUUUAUAGCUCUGCCAAGACUCAUCGGGCUUGGGAAGAGGCUGAGCGUGAUGGUGAGGUGAUUACUUGGAAGCCUGGAAAUGGGUAUUUUGGUCUUUCUUCGUUUUUGAGAGAGGGAGAUGAGGUCUUUCAUACUUAUGAGACUUCGUCGAGAGGGUUGGAGAUUAUUCUUUCGACUUAUCAUCUUCUUGAUAUGACUGCCUUGGGAAGGCAGGAGGUGGGGAAUGGGAUGGGGAACUUUCGGCGAAAUGAUGAGUAUUGA